CAAUUCUCAGUCUUGGUGUGUUUGUACACAUAUAAUGUAAUACGUCGCUAUGUCGAUAAGGGGAACAUUGUUAAUCAGGUCGUGGAGGACGCUGAGUCAGGAAAAAAGAAUUACGAAAAAAGGGAGAAUCACAGAAAAAUUAGAAUUGCAAAAAAAGAUUUCAAGUAUGAAAGCCCGAUAACGCAGUUCUUUGUUCCCGAGGCUGGUAAACGCAAAGAGAAACACGUUAAAGUUUCAACGAAUAACUGCGCUGUUCCAAUCGGGGGUUAUGUAUUGAACAUGACAUCUGGUGGAGGAACAUGUCAGAUACCAAAACUUGACCCAUUCCACCACGACGCAAUGGGUUAUAUGGAAGAGCUGGGAGAUCUAAGUUGUGUAACCAAACGUAGAGCAACCUUAAGUGGCGGAGUAUUAAAUAUAACGGGUACAGAUGUCACGUAUUCUGCAUACCGGUACAUAAUUCGACCCGAAGAAGAUGACUUUGCAUUCAUGAUGAGUCGCCCAAUUGUAAUAACGUCUCGCCUGUUUCCCGUGUCACACGAAUACAUAGAAUUGACUUUAUUGCUUAGCGACCAAACGGAGCAAAAAGAAUAUCUCAUGCAGGUCGUUCCCAAUCAAGACAUUCUCUCAAGAGAUUCACCCCCGUUAGAACUGGACCUAAACUUUCUUAUCAUUGCCAUUGAUUCAGUCUCCAACAGCCAGGCACAACGACAACUUUCAAAAACAUACAACUACAUACGCAGUGUUCUCGGGGGAUAUAUAUUCAUGGGACAUAGCGUGGUAGGUGAUGGUACAACGGAACAAAUAGCAGCAUUAUUGACGGGGAAAGGGGAACGAGAGUACAGGGAAUCAAGACGAGGGAAGAUUAAUGCCGAACCUGUUGAUGACUGGAAUUGGAUAUUUAAGAAAGCUAAAGCAAAGGGCUACGUAACAUCAUAUUGCGAGGAUUCACCACAUUUUGGAUCAUUUCAAUACAGACUUCUUGGAUUUCAAGAUCCACCAACGGAUUAUUAUCCGCGAUCAUUUUUCUUAGCCGCUGAAGAAUCCAGCAGCAAUCUACAUUGUUACGGCAGUCACAAAAUAUACAAUUACCACCUGGAUUUAGCAAAUAAGAUUUAUGAACAGUAUCCUAAACAGAGGAAGUUUCUCCUUCAUUUUGCAAGUGAAAUAUCACAUAACAAAUUUAAUGUACCAGGAAUGUUCGACAAAGAUUUGCUGCAAUUCCUAACAAGUUUUAAGGAAAAAGGAUAUUUAAAAAACACCGUACUGAUUUUAUUUGGUGACCAUGGCCUCAGAACUAGCGAUUUCAGGCAGACCCUGCAAGGAAAAUUGGAGGAGAGGCUUCCACUUUUCACUAUGACAUUUCCGAAAUGGUUCAAAGAGAGAUAUCCGAAGGCUGCAAAGAAUCUUCAGGCAAACACUAAACGCCUGACAACCUGGUACGAUUUACACGCUACCUUCGAACACAUUUUGGAGUAUGGAAAUAAACAGGAGAAAUCGAAACAUGGUAUAAGUCUGUUGACCAAAGUACCACCAACACGUUCGUGCAAUGAUGCAAGCAUACCAUUACAUUGGUGUCCGUGUUUGCAGUGGUCUGCGGUUGACCAUAGACACGUUCAUAUGCAAGAGGGGGCGCUUGAAGCAAUUAAUCACAUUAACAAUUUGAUUUUUCAUGUACCGUUGAGUGCAAAAAAGUGUUCGAAGCUCAGUCUAGCGAAAAUAAUUCGAGCAGAGGUAGAAACAGCGUCACCACAAGUAUUACGUUUUGCUCAGUCAGGAAAAGAUGGUUACGAACCAGAGUAUUCCGACGAUGAAGUCCAACCAAAAGGCCGUUGUCGUUAUCAAAUUACGUUCCGUACACUUCCCAAUCAUGGCAUAUUCGAAGCUACGGUGCAUUACGUGAGUGGAAAGUUUGUCGUCAAAGGCGGUAUAAGCAGAAUUAACAAAUAUGGCGAUCAACCAAAAUGCAUAGCUAAAUCUAUACCACAUUUAAGGGAAUAUUGUUAUUGUAAAGAGGUUCAGUGACAUUCAUCAAAGUAACUGUGCAUUUAAAAAUUCGCCGUCAGCAGCAAUGGAAAGAUGACAGAAGUCCAGUCGGAUUCGAAAAUAAAAUUGUCUUGAUUGAAUGACACAUCAAAUUAUAUCUUGUAUUUAUAAUAUAACUACAUACUGUGUAUUAAUAUGAGCUUUUAAUAUGCAAUUUGAUUGGAUGAGCUACUCACUAUAUAUCAGCUCAUGUAUAGCUACGGUUAGUGUUGGAAACAGCUGGUAAUACAAUGCAGUAAGAUUUUGUGAUGAGAACCAAUUAAUAAUCGUUUGCACAUUUUUAUAUUUUCUUAAAUUCUUGCUGGAGGAACUACCCGAACAAGAAAGGUAAACGGAACAUGCUAUCAAAAGUGGAAUAUAUUUGAUAUUAUAGAUGCAUGGCAGGGGCUUUUCGACAGGUGAACUAUCAUGCUUGCAUGUCUAGAAUAUCUUGAUGGAGCACUUAGGGAUUAACAGUAUUAAAAAUCUGUCUCGUCAUCGCAAG